GACUUGUCAUAUACCUUUCCAAUUCCAACCAUGCACCUCACCACAGCCCUUCUAGCCCUUGCCGGCGCCGCUUUGGCUCAGAACUCAUCUACAGACCCAUCACUGUGUGAUAAAUACACAACAGCCCUCUUCAAAGAGAACAAUGCCACGAACCAGGCCACCCUCAUCACUCUGCUAGUCAAUACCGCCGUCAUUGGCAACUACACUACUUCACCCGCUCCCAAGAAUACUGUUCCAGGAAUCCUGGCAAAAGGCAUGUUCAACGGCGAAGAAGUAAACCUACUCCCAUACUUCGAUGGCACGUUGGUUUCCACCAACGGCGGCGGCAAAGCCGUGUCCGUAAACUUCCUCGACGACGGCGGCGCAGAGCCAUUGAAGAAAAACAUGCCCGCGAACAGCAUGGACUCGAAACAAUAUAAACUCCUAACCCACCUCUACCAAUUCUUCUCCGCCCUUCUCAAAUGCAGCACCUACGGCACCACCCCCGCCAACCCCUCCUACAGCGGCCGCGACAUGGCCUCUUCGCACGCCUUCAUGGCCCUCGACCCAUCCGAAGUAGGCUACUUCAUAACCCAAGUCGGGCUCUCGGCCGCCUCCUUCGGCGUCGCGCAAGAAGACGUCACAGCCGUCGGCGAAGCCCUCAACAAGCUGUUCGGGUACAAGUGCAGCCCGCCUGCGGUCGUGAUCCCCGAGAAGGGAGAGACUCUGAACAGUAUCUGCCAGAACGAGAAGUGCCCCUUGGAUGCCAUGGCCAAGUGCGAGGCGUAUCCUAACAAUGGGACUGUCGCUGAGCCGAUGAUGGUUGGAGAGAAUGGGUCGAUGAAUGGGACGAAUGCGACCGGCACGGGAUCGCCGAUGCCGCCUAUGCAGACGACUUCGUUGGCUGCGAGCGGGAGGGUUUGGGAUGAUGUUUUGGUGGUUCUAGGGGCUGUUGUGUUUGCUGUUGCGCUCUGA